AUGUCUCUUGUUCAGUAUUCUGAUACUGAAUCAGAAGGUGGAUCUGGGCGGGAAGGCGAGAUCAGAAGCACGUCAAGAUCUCCCAAAAGGCGCUGCCGUCGAUCAGACAACGCGCCACGAAAAUCUGAUGGGCGAGGUGCUUCUGCAUUACCGCCGCUGCCUGCCGAAUUUCGGGACUUGUACUCGACAUCCGCGAGAGUCAGCGUGCAAGAUGAUCCUAGCCUUCACAACGGAAGGACAAGAGCCGUUCCACAUGUUGCUGGUAACUGGCCAACCCACAUUUACCUGGAGUGGUACCCCGAUAAUACCGAGUUAGGAAUCCUGUCCAAAAUCAUUAAAGGAUGCCAAAACGCACACGGUAAGGACGUAGCUAUUCAUAGCCUUCUUUACAGCGAUCUCGGUGCACAGCUACCAUUGCAUAUCAGCCUUUCCAGGCCCGUGGCUCUUUUGACAGAGCAACGAGAACCAUUUCUUGAUCUUUUCCGUGAUUACCUUCACAAAUCAAGAAUUAAACCGUUUGAAAUCUCUCCCCACAGCUUAGCCUGGGAAUCAAAUUUUGAAAGUACAAGGUGGUUCCUCGUCCUACGGCUCAACCGCCCGGCAAAUAAUGGCCUGAACCAAUUACUACGUCUGUCGAAUAGUGUUCUUUCACACUUCAGUCAACCACCGUUGUAUGAGAAUCCUGUUGGUACGCAAAAGCGAAAAAACAGAAAGCAAGCAGGAAAUCGAGAUGAUUCUGUUCAAUCUUCUGCUUCUAUUGAUACCGACCAUACCGACUGUUUCCAUAUUUCGAUCGCCUGGACGCUUGAAGAGCCAUCUGAUGAGGAAAAGGAGCGACUUACGACUAUCGACUUGCGAGUGCGGGAACUUGUGGUCGAAUUUAACAGUGUCAAAGUAAAAGUCGGGAAUCAAAUACACAACGAGAGGCUUUUUGCCUCAGUUACAGACGAAACAGGUCUCGAAGGUGUCUAA